AUGGGUAACGAAAGCUCUAUUAUGGUCGAUGAUGAUGUCCGACCACAAGCACUUGAAAGCCGCACGCUCGAGGCUAUAGCCAAGUACAUACAUGAAAAGAAUGCCAGGAAAAUAGUCGUCCUGGUCGGGGCUGGGAUCAGCACCGCCGCGGGAAUACCGGACUUUCGCUCUCCGGAUACUGGACUGUAUGCCAAUCUUGCUCGCCUUAAUCUUCCUACUCCUGAGGCGGUAUUCGAUAUUCAAUACUUUCGCACCGAUCCACGCCCCUUUUAUGCCCUGACGAAGGAGAUGCUUCCUGGAAAGUGCAAACCCACAAUCACACACUCAUUUAUCAAGCUCCUUUACAACAAGGGGCGGCUUCUUAAACUGUUCACACAGAACAUUGAUUGCUUAGAGCGGGAGGCUGGCAUACCUAGUGAAAUGAUCGUUGAGGCCCAUGGGACCUUCGCUACGCAGAGCUGCAUCGAAUGCAAAACGCCGUAUCCAGGGGAACUGAUGACAAAAGCGAUGGAAGCGAAUGAUGUGCCUCUAUGUCCUGAAUGCAUGAACCUGGUGAAACCAGAUGUGGUGUUCUUUGGCGAGGCGCUCCCUUCCAGCUUCUUUCUGAACCGUACACUCCCGGCCGCCGCGGAUCUAUGCAUCGUUAUGGGGACAAGCUUGAGUGUGCAACCCUUUUCCAGUCUGCCCAGCUUAUGUCGGGAGGGCAUCCCUCGUCUUCUCAUCAACCUGACUCAAGCUGGCGGUCUUGGAUCUCGACCGGACGAUGUUUUGCUUCUUGGCGAGUGCGACGAUGGAGUGAUGAAGCUAGCAGAUGCCUUGGGUUGGCGGCAGGAACUGGAGGAACUCUGGGCCACAGUAAAUCCGGAAAAGGCGGCGGCCAUCGCAAGCAAAGAGCAGAAAUCCACCCCGAUAACAAGAGACGACCAGCUUCGAGAAGAGGUUGAGAAGUUGACUGAAGAAGUUGAGCAUGCGCUAGAUAUUUCUCAGGCACAUGAGGAACGUGUGCGAGCGCAGCUUCAAGAAAUGAAGGCCAAGCAGGACCGGGGCGUUGAAGAACCUGAAGACGCACAAUCAAGACAGGUGGGCAGUACAUCGCCAGGUGAACCUGAUGGCAUCAAGCACGCGAAUAACCCCACGCAGAACGGCGCUAUCGCGGCGACCGAGCAGAAUGCUGCGGAACAGCAGCCGGAAAGAUCGAAGCAAGAUCCGUCGCUGUGAUCCGCUACUCACCGCGAACCACCCUCUCUACCAACCAUUCUCUCCUACUUUUUCCUCUCCCAACAAAUUUUUAUAAUUGGAGCUUACCUGACGCUGCGUGUUGCUUCUCUAGAGGCAGCCAUAAUGAGUUAACGAGCGUUCUGCUUUUGAAUAAAAUUUAAACAGGCCGAUCCGUGUAGAUGUUCGGCUCGACGAAACGACAUAAAAGGAAGUUCAAUCAUUUUCGAUUCUCCUUUUCGGGACGGAGUUUUGGAAAUGAUUGUAUGCGGGACGGCCAGAUGAAUGUCUGGCAAUGCAUGUGAAGCAGCUAUUUU